CUAUAACUUUAAUCAUUUCAUUUUUUUGCCUAAGAUAGCAACCAAACAACAGUCAAGGCGUUUAUUUGUAUUAUUCUUUACAUCUCUCUAUAAUGUAAAUACACUAUUAUAAUCGUAACAGCAAGCGAACUAAAUAACUUAUUCUCGGUCAGUUCUGUAAAGUUUUAAAGGGGCUUAGCUUAUAUUAGCAUAGCAGCAGCUAACAGCUGCGUGUAUGUGUGCGCAGUUAGCCUGUAGCCGAGCUAACGUUACCUUCUCAAGAACCAUCCCUCUCUACAACAACUGACAGUUGGAUCCCGGUCCGAUUCGUUACUCUCGUGGGAAGAGUGAGCAAGCUGUCUACCAAGUCAAAUGUUGAAGGUUUAUUAAACGGCGGACAAUGGAACAGGACAGCUCGGAGGAUGACUCAGUUGGCCCGGCAGAAGAUGACACACAACCUCCAUUUCCUCUCGGACUUUCAGACUCCGAGGCGGUGGAAGUGUUGUGGCAGGUUCGUACCCAGCGCCGACAGGCAGAGCCUGACCUUCCAGACACUGUGACGCGUCUCACCACACCUGAGGGCAGUAUUGUGUACCUGGUUGGCACCGCCCACUUCAGCGACAGCAGCAAGAAUGAUGUUGCCACAACAAUCCGAGCGGUCCAACCUGAUGUGGUGGUGGUGGAGCUGUGCCAGUACAGAGUAUCCAUGCUUAAAAUGGAUGAGAAAACGCUGCUAAAAGAGGCUAAAGACAUUAACUUGGAGAAGGUCCAGCAGGCUAUUAAACAGAAUGGAGUGAUGUCUGGCCUCAUGCAGAUACUGCUGCUCAAAGUCUCAGCUCACAUUACAGAACAGCUGGGCAUGGCCCCUGGAGGAGAGUUUAGAGAAGCCUUUAAGGAGGCAGGAAAAGUGCCCUUCUGUAAAUUUCACCUUGGGGAUCGUCCCAUUCCAGUAACCUUUAAGCGUGCAAUAGCUGCUCUCAGCCUGUGGCAGAAGGCUCGUCUGGCCUGGGGCCUGUGCUUCCUCUCUGACCCAAUCAGCAAGGAGGAUGUAGAGAAGUGCAAACAAAAAGAUCUUCUGGAACAAACCAUGUCAGAGAUGAUCGGCGAGUUUCCAGCCCUCCACCGCACUAUUGUUGCAGAAAGAGACAUCUACCUCACUCACACACUUAGACAGGCAGCGCGCUGUGUGGAGGCGCCUCCUAAUGCUGAAAAAGUGGCUGCUGUGGUGGUUGGAGUGGUUGGGAUGGGUCAUGUGCCUGGUAUUGAGAAGAACUGGGAUAAAGAGCUUAAUAUCCAUGAGAUCAUGAGUGUGGCUCCACCAUCUCGUUUAGGCUUGGUAGUACGCAAAGUGUUGAAGGUAGCCAUGUGGGGGCUUCUGGGUUAUGCCUGCUACCGUGCCAGCAAGGGCGUGGGGAGGGCGUUACUCUCCUUACCGACUGUCCAAUCGUUGUAUGAGAAUAUACGAACGCCUUCCAUUUGACCCUUCUCUUAUCGGCACAGACUUUUCAGCAGUGAGAUCAGGAUGCACACUGAACACCAGUAGCCUUAACUACAGGAUGGUGGUUGGGUAGAUUAGGAGGAAGAUUAGAGGGAAACAUCGUCUCCAUCCCAUAUGAAAGAAGCAAUGUGGGUGGAAGCCUUUGACUAACACUCUUGUCACCUCCUCGACCCUCUGUGUACCUGUGGACGCAGAGCUGUACUGCCAAAGAAAUCGGACCAUGCUUUCUUUCCCUUUUCCUCAUUCUUAAAGUAUGACCCACUAGAAAAUUAGCUGCAGCAUGAUUUCCCAUGUUAUCAUGCAACUUGAACUGAACGAAGUUUUAUUUUGCUGUGUUUUUUUUUCUUUUGGUUGGCUCCUGCGAAUGAUUGAUCAAUUUUGUUUCCCAGCAAGUCCAGUUUUUUUAUUCCCUGUAAGUCAGCAUUUGAAUCUGCGACCUACUCCAGCCAUAAUCUGUAGUUCAUGAAGUGUGAGUAGUGAGGCCACCUUUUUUUAUGUAGGUGAUUAAUGGAACAGUAUCCCAGAACUAAUUUUUAAAACCUGAAUUGCACUAAAAGCGCAAUUGGACCAUUUAUUAUGAAAAGCAUAAAUCAGAUUUUAUUGAAAGUAUGACUUAAUGAUAAAUACGUGUAAUGCACAUUAGGAAAAUGAUUUACCAAAGUAUUUUUGGUUUCAGUGAUUGAAUUAUGUAUGUUUCUGAAACAAUGGCUUGAAAUGAGUGAAACUAAAACAACUGCACACAGUGUUUGAGAGUUUCAAGUCUCGUUCACUCUGUGCGGUUGCUUGGUUUUUCUAAUAACCUGAUAAGCCAAGCAUACAGUUUGCCUGUGCUAGCUAUCAAGUGCCUCCUACUACAUGACUUGGAAAGGGCUAAAAGGAACAGAGACUGGUCGGGGUGUUUUGCUCUCUCUCCUUAUGGUCAUAAUAAAUGGGUACUAUUAAA